AUGGCUGGAAGAGGUGGGGUGGACGACAAAGAAUGGGACGAAUAUGUGCCUAUCGAAUGCACAAGAAAUCGAAGAAUUCUUCGACUAAACGAAAAUUCAGAAUUGGAAGAGGCUAAAGAACCACUCCAUUCAGGAAUUGAUGUGAAUAAAACUUGUGGGGUUGGUCCAGGAAUGGCAUUUGCUAAUGCAAUAUUGGAAAAAGACCCUAAUUUUGGGGUCAUUGUUUUGGUCCCUUGUGCUAUUGGAGGGACAAGUAUUACAGCUUGGUCUGGUUCUAACAGCAGCCUCAGAAGUCAGAUGAUUAAAAGAACUAACGAAGCUCUCGAAUAUGGUGGAAAAAUUCGUGCAAUUUUGUGGUAUCAAGGGGAGAAAGAUACAGAAACCGAAGCUGCCUCCUAUGUAUUUCCCAGUGAAUACCAGAUGUUUCUUUAUCGUUUACAUCAAGAAUUGAAGUACCACGAAAUUCCAUUUGUUCAGGUAGCAUUAGCAUCAGGACAGGGAGAAGCAGAUUGGCUGGAAAAUGUUCGAGCAAGUCAAAUUGCAAUGAAGAAUGUUAUAACUGUUGAUGCCAUGGGACUCCAAGUUGGAGAAGAUGGCCUCCAUCUCACCACCAACUCACAGGUUCGCCUUGGGAGGAUGCUAGCAGAUGUCUUUUUCAGCACCAUUUCUUAA